AUGUCUAGCGAUCCAGAAGAAGAUUAUAUUCCAUGGAUUCAACAAUUUUGUGAAUUGUUUGGACAUGAUUACUUUGUGCCAGUAUCCCAAGACUUUAUUGAAGAUGAUUUUAAUUUAACAGGAUUAUCCCUGCAAGUCCCAUAUUAUAGAGAAGCAUUAUACACAAUAUUAGACUACCAGGUUGAGACUGCUGACGAUAAUGGGAGUAAUGGAACGUCUAAUAACAAAGGCUCGAAAACAGAGUUACCCAACAAGGCAUUACUAGCACAUUCAGCAGAAUUAUUAUACGGAUUAAUUCAUGCCCGCUAUAUAAUCUCUAAGCCGGGAUUGACAGCAAUGGCUAGCAAAUUUGAACGUAACGAGUUUGGCUCGUGCCCUAGAUACUACUGUGAUGGAAUGCAUUUGAUACCGGUGGGAUCUACAGACAUACCGGGACAAGAAACCGUGAGAUUGUAUUGUCCAUGCUGCAAUGAUAUUUAUCUUCCCCUGAGUUCAAGAUACCUCAAUAUUGAUGGGGCGUUCUUUGGGACUACAUUUCCGGGGUUGUUGGUCAAGAUGUUUCCUGAGAUUGAAAACCAAUGUAGAAAUAGAGUGUACAAAGUUAACCAGAAUGAUUUUGGGCUUCGUUUAUUUGGAUUCCAAAUUAGCGAGCUAAGCGCCAGUGGACCAAGAAUGAAAUGGCUCAGAUUGCAUCCCCGUACGUCUCAGGAGAAAGAGGAAUUCAACAACUGUGAAUUAAGCGUACCAAGCGAAUUCGAUGAGUCAGAUGUCCCUUUCAACUCUGACAGUGAAAUGGGCGACCCAGAAGAUAACGAUGAUGAUGACAAAACUAUGGCUAGUGAAGGGAAUUAA